GGAGUCCUGUUUUCCAUUGGAAGUGCCUUCUUAUAUUACGUAAAUCACUUCAAGCUAUACAGCUCGUUUUGCGCCAGUCAUUCGAAGGCUCAGAAAGUUUUACAUCCAAACGAGGGAAAUCAAGCUUUACAAGAGUUCCUGCAAGCGAGAAAUCCUCGGCAGCAACACUCGUCGACCUUAGAAUCGUACUUGAUAAAACCUAUACAAAGAAUACUCAAGUAUCCGCUGCUGUUGCAGCAGCUUAGAAAUCUCACCGAUGAACGAAGCGAAGAACACCAACACUUGAUCGAGGCGCUCAAAGGCAUGGAGAAGGUGGCGGAGCACAUAAAUGAGAUGCAGAGAAUUCAUGAAGAGUACGGAGCUAUUUUCGAUCAUUUGUUCAGACAACACCAAAAAUCCUGCAAACAG